UCUACGUCAUGGCAAAUCCCUGUCAUGCCCUCCUUACAAAAGACAUGUCGUGCCACUUGUCGCUUCCUCCUCGUUUUCAGAGAAUGCCAUAUUUCAAGUUCCUGAUGGGAGUCAAAGGGUAUGGCAUGAUCAAAUCAGAAGCUGCUACCACCUCUUAUCUUUCAUCAACAUAGGUUUGAUAUUUAGGAACACCUUGUGAUCUUCCGAGGAUGGCUUCUAGCUUCAAGUAUUGGAAUGAAUGUGUUGAUCCACUGGACAUGGAGGCAAUGUGGAUGGAUCCUUUUGUGAACAAAGAAUGGGAUGAUGCAGGAGAGACAAAAGGACAAAAAGUUCAUCUUUCACGGGAUCCUGAUGGGCAGGCUUACCUUACACAAACUGAGAUGAGGGCUGUGGCUGAGAUUAUUGUGCGUAGACACUUCCAAUCACAAGUAGAUCCGGACAUGAUUUGUGCUAUUGCUGAACUUCAAAGUGAUAGACAACUUCUUACGACACGGUAUAACAAAAAAACUAAGGAAACUGGUUUUGGGAUCAUGCAGUUGUCACCAAAAACUGCAGAGUGGCUUGUAAGAGACAUGGGUUACCGGCAAUAUGAAAUAGAAGGAGACUCAACACUUCUGUAUAAGCCUUUCAUAAGUGUUUAUUUUGGUGCAGCAUACUUAAAGUGGUUAUCAAAUUAUGAGGAAAAGGAAAGAAAUGAAGAAUUUGUGAUUAGGGCUUACAAAGGUGGAACAAAAAAAGCAAAACACAAGUCAACAUUGGAUUACUGGCGACGGUACCUCUCGGUCAAACAGAGUCUCCCGUCCAGGAGUAAGAAGUAUAAUGCUUCAAUGCCUGAUGCUUCUACUCCUGCUCGGCCUAUUUUGAAAAAUAAAGUUGAUGAGUUGACAUACUGGGAUUCAAAAGCUUCUCCUGAGGAUAUGGACGAGAUGUGGAGGAACCCUGAAGUUCUCAAAGAGUGGACAAAGUCUAAUGAGAAUAGAGGAAAAGUGAGCUUUUCACUUGAUGCAGAGAAGAGACCAUACCUUUCCCGAAUAGAAAUAAAGGCAGUCGCUCAAAUCAUUCUUUCAAAACACUUCAGUUCAAGAAAAGUGAAACCUACAAUUCUUGCUGCCCUUGCGGAGGUCAGUAGCAUGCGAUUUGUGAAAGGCACGGAAUCCUGCACUGGAAUUAUGGGAAUUGAUUAUCCUAAGGCACAAUGGCUAUACAAGGAUAUAGGUUACAAGGCUUACAAAGUCGAGUCUGAUGAGGAUCUUUUCAAUCCUUUUGCAUCCAUGUACUUUGGUGCAGCUUACAUGGAUUGGCUAUCAACAUACGGGGGGAGGGAAAGAACUCCACAGUUUGUUAUUCAUGCUUAUCUUGGAAGGCCAGAGAAUGUUAAUCUUCAGGAGACAGGCCCGCUUUGGGUUAAAUUUGAGGAAACCUUGGGCCAAUAUCCAGAAUCAAAGAAGGAUCAAGGAAGCUGUUCCAUUUUAUGAUCAAUGCAUCCUCUACGUUAGGCGUCCAUGAUCAUGCCACCCAACUUUCAUUUCUGACCAGACUUAUGCAGCAGCUAUUCUUCUGAACCCUGCAUUAAGAAAGAUUUUAUUUGAUUGACACUUACUGAGCAAAAACCAUAUAACUGGUGUUAAUUUCUUUGAACAUCAAACUCCCAACGAUGAUUACUUUUGUACACUUAACUGUGCCCUGCACUCAUCACAUAUUGGGUCUUAAUGCUUGG